AAGAAGCGAAUUCUGUUGGACGUUGUAAUAAAUCACCAACUGUCAUCGUUUCUUGGAACUGAGCUCCAUCAAAUUUCUCGGAAUACUGUUGCUCCACCUCCACUUGUUGAUUCCUAUACUCGUGAAACAACGCCCACAAACCUACACCUAUAUUUUACAGGGGUGCUCUGCAGAAUCUCCGCGAAGUUCCUAUGCAAUUCUUGGGCAGGAUUGGCCGAGCCCUCCGUAGUGGGAUUAAAAUGAUCAAAGUGGGGAGUUGAGAUAUUAGCUAAGUUCAACAAGUGGUUGUAGCAUAAGUGCUUUAGCGCGCAUACAGUGCGUAUCGAGGUGCGGUACGGGUGGUCUCGAUUUUUAUUUGCGGUUCGAUUUUUAAAUCCUAAGUUAUUAUGAACGACAACAAAGAGAAUAUUAUAAAAAGACUUAGUCCAGAUGAGGUGACAAAGAGAUUAUUAGAGCUCUUGAAUAAAUGCGAUUAUGAAUUGGUACAAGAAAACGGACAGCGAAGAUUGACUAGUGUGAAAAAUGGACCACGUUCGAAGGGUGCUGAAAUUUUUCUCGGACGUUUACCUCGCGAUUGUUACGAGGAUGAAUUGGUUCCAGUUUUGACGCGUGUCGGACGAGUUAUUGAACUUCGUCUGAUGAUGGAUUUUUCUGGAUCUACUCGCGGUUACGCUUUUGCUCUCUUUGAGCAUCCGGGAAUUGCCCGAAAAGCUUGCGUAGAGCUUAACGGAUUUGAAAUACGACCAGGGCAUCGAAUCGGUGUCGUCAAAUCCAUAGACAACUGUCGAUUGUUCUUAGGUGGAGUUCCGAAGGAUAAAACAAGGGCGGAUUUCAUCGAGGAACUCGGAAAAAUGAUCGACGGAAUCACCAAUGUUUACGUCUACCCCUCGAUGGAGGAUAAAUCCCUUAAUCGAGGAUUCGUUUUCGUUGAAUUUAGAGAUCAUAGAUCCGCUGCUAUGGCCCGCCGAAAGCUCAUACCCGGAAGAGUAAUGCUCUGGGAUCACGAAGUUGCCGUUGAUUGGGCCGAUCCUGAACCUGGUGAAGACGUUGACGAUGAAAUUAUGCAAACGGUAACUGCUUUAUUUGUGAGGAACCUGGAUCUCGACGCUACCGAAUCUGAUGUAAGACACGAGAUACAGCGUAUGACUGGAAUCCCAUUGAUGAAGAUCAAGAAAAUUAAUCAUUUCGCGUUUCUUCACUAUGAAUCUCGUCCACAAGCUCAACGCGUAUUAGAUAUAAUCGAGUGCUGUAUUGAAAAAAAGACAUUGGAAUGGGAAAUAUCAUGGGCGAAACCGAUUCGCAAAACUGAAAAAGUCCAGGAAAGUUUGCGUUGCGGGAAGGAAAAUAAUUCAUCGAAGGGGCGCACGAUCAAGUAUCUGCAUAAAAACUAUUUGAUCAGGAAUCACAAUUCAAAAAAAGAGAAUAAUUCUAGCGCGAACGCGAAUGUCCUUCGUCAGCACGAUCGCAAUACUGCCGCAGCGGAAUCUUCCGCUGAUUCUAAAUUGACAAGUGAUUCGCUGUCUCCUGGGCAAAAAUUACAGCCGGUACCACAGCGUUCGGUGCAACCAAAUCCGAAGAUUAUUAAGACAGUAAAGGACGCAGGAUUUCAGGGCUGUAACAUCGUCCCUAAUUAUGUCGAGUCAACGCCGAAUAAUCAGACCUUUAUGCCCAGAAUGAUUAUGUCGAGCGAAUUCGGCGAGGAUUUUCCACACUACUUGAAUGCCUUAGAAGAACUCGCGGCUGUAUAUUUUCAUGCAAAUCUGCGGUGCGAAUACAGCUGCGCCGACCCGAUGGGGUGCGCGUACUUUUGUACGAUUAUACUGGAAAGGAACGGCUUCGUAAUUCGUAGCUACCAAGGUAACCCACAGAGGACAAUGGCCGAAGCAUUCAGAAUCACGGUGAAGAAUGCUUACGCUUCUCUAGCAUCGAUGCUGACCCAACCUGUCAAUUACAAUUAAAUCUUAUACAUUUCGAAAAUCAAUUGAAAAAAAAAAAUAUGUUUGUUUCGUACCAAUAUUUCGAAACGUAAACUCUGGUCUAACAUAAGUACAAACUAAUCAACAUAUAUAGAUAUCGUUAUGCAUAUCUAGUUUUAAUAUUACUAUUUGCAAUGUUACUAUUAUCUAGAUAUAUUCUCUAGAUCCAUUUUUUAGAUAAGAUGUAAGUUCAGCUAAAUUUCCAAAUAUUUUAUAUGUGAACUAAAUAAUUAAAUAUCAAAUGUGAUGUUGGCAAUAUUGUACCUUACAUAACUAUACUUUGCGUGUGAUAAAUGAUUUUAUGUAUUUAUGAAUAAAAAUUUGAAUCAAAUCGAAUAA